UGCAAGUGAGCGAAAAAUGGGACUGGUUCGUUAUAGUCGUUGGGCUUCGCGCCUCAAAACAUUGAAUUCCCAAACCAAGCCGUUACUCUCCUUCUCCUCUUCCUCCUCCUUCUCCUCCGCCACCACAGCCGACAAUGAAAACCCAGGUCGACCCGGACCGCCUCCGAUCCGAGUCGCUCUCACCGAGUCAUUCGGUCGAGGCGUCUUCGCGACCCGGAAAAUCGAGACUGGUGAGCUCAUACACACGGCCAAACCCGUUCUCUCUCACCCUUCUCUGUCAACCAUCCACAAGGUCUGUUAUUGCUGCCUCAGAAAGCUGAAAACCACAGACAGCUCUCAAGCCCAACGUGUUUCGUUUUGCAGCGACGAAUGCCAACGACAAGCAAAGGGGUUUCAUGAUAUGGAGAUGAGAGCAGAUUGGUCAGCUUAUGAUGACUAUUGCCGGUCUCGUGGUUUUAAAUAUCCAUUACUUGUGAAGCGGUUGGCUUGUAUGGUCAUGUCAAGAGCUGCAUUUGCCAACCUUCUUGACAUACUCCAACCUGCUAGCUUAUCUCCAGAGAUGAUUGUAGAGAUGGAAGAGGGUUUUGGCUUGCUAAGGAGUGCCUUUGAAAACUCAAAUAUCACUGGUGAACAGAUGUCAUUUUUAACUAAACAAUGGUACAUUAGUGUACUGGCACGGAUUCGCAUUAAUGCAUUUCGAAUAGAGUUGGUCGGUGCAUUGUAUGAUGAUCUCCUGUCAUCAUUAGCAGCCUCUAUAGAAUCUGAAGCUGCUGUUGGGAAUGCUGUUUAUAUGCUCCCAUCCUUCUAUAAUCAUGAUUGCGAUCCAAAUGCCCACAUUAUAUGGAUAGAGAAUGCAAAUGCAAGAUUGAAGGCCCUUCGUGAUGUGGAUGAAGGGUAAUUCUAGAAAUCAUUGGAGUUGAGGAUGAUGUGCUGAUCCUGAAGGGUGACAUUGCACCUUAAUUGGUGGGUGUGAUCACCUCAAUUCGAGGGAUAUCUAGAAUUAUGUCCAACAAUAAGUUAUUUAGGCUUCACUGUAAUAUUCUCUUCUUAAACAAGCAGCUGCAAUAUGUGCAUAGUUGUGACCGCCCUCAAUAAAAUGAAGUGAAAUACCUGUCCCACCAUCUUAUUGUUAGCAACUAUGGGCAUUGAUUUAGGGUUUAGGAGCGUCAUAUUUUCAUGAAUAGCCUUUGCAUCCGUGCAGACAUGCUGUUUUCAUUAAUGCAAUACUUGUCCGAGUGCCACCAUCUUUAUAUUGACCGUCAUAAUGCAUCUAUGCUAAGAGUAUUGAUUCAACAUCAAGAAGUUGGUGGAAAGUAAGGUGUCCAAGCUGUUGCUUCAGACACAUGUGUCCUAGACGAUUUGUCGUAACCGUAUACCAUUAGUAAGUGGCACAUUAGUUAUUGAUAAAACUACAUGAGAGGAGCUUAGCCAGUAAAGCUCUUAAUAAUUUUCAGAACCAUUUUCUCAAACCACUUUUUUAGAUGAAUGACCGUUGAUUUAUAGGCUAUUAGCUUAUCUUAUAUGACUUUGGGCUAGGGCAGCUGGUCUAUAAGCAGAUAUGACUUUGCUGAGUGAUACUAAAUGGGGACCAGAAAAGUACAUUAGUAUUGAGUAUCUU